AGUUCGUUGAAGUAAAAAAUGUGCGAUUGGUUUUGUAAUUUAAUUUUGUGUCGUUCGGGAGACGAUUUUCAAAGAGAAGCUUUGAAAGCUCAUAACGAGUAUCGAGCAUCGCAUGGCGUACCUCCAUUAAAAUUAGACAAAGAUCUUUGCAAAUUUUCUCAGGAAUGGGCAGAGAACUUAUCAUCACGUGGCGUCAUGCAACAUCGUCCCAACAACAAAUACGGCGAAAAUAUUUACUGCAAAUACGGAACUGGAAAUGUCACUGUUGAUGGCAAAGAACCCGUAAAGUCUUGGUAUGACGAAAUCCAACAAUACAACUUCAGUUCGCCGGGAUUUUCUACUGGAACGGGACACUUUACGCAAGUUAUUUGGCGCGAAAGUACGAAAUUAGGAAUCGCCAAAGUCGAAAACAGCAAAGGACAAGUUUUUGUCGUUGCAAAUUAUGAUCCUCCGGGUAACGUUCAAGGUCAAUAUGAGGAAAAUGUGCCGAAAAUAGGAGCAGCGAAAAAAGUUGUCGUUAAGGAACAACCAAAAACUGCGAAUUUGACACAAGCGAAGACGAGUGAUGUGAAGGGUUUCAGUCAAUUUGAAGUUGAAACUCUAAAUUCCCACAAUAAAUACCGUAAAAUGCACCAUGCGCCUCCAUUAAGCCUCAAUCGAAACCUUUGCAAAUUCGCCGAGGAAUGGGCGAAAAAUCUCGCAAGUCGUGGCGUCAUGCAACAUCGCUCGAAUAACUCGUAUGGCGAGAAUAUUUACUACAAAUGGGGCACCGGCAACAUUUCCGUGAAAGGAGACGAUGCUGUCGAUAGUUGGUACAGCGAAAUCAAAGAUUACACCUUCGCUGCUGGCAAAUUUACUUCAGGCACGGGACACUUUACGCAAGUUGUUUGGAAAGAAAGUCGCGAACUUGGCGUCGGAAUGGCAAAAAACAGUAAAAAUCAAAUUUUUGUCGUUUGUAAUUACGAUCCAGCAGGAAAUUAUGAAGGGCAGUUCCGAGAAAAUGUGUUACCAAAGUAGAGUUCUUAUCUUUUUGCACAUUCCUUAUCAAACACAAACUAAGUGAAUAACCAAAAAUAAGUUAAAAAUUACGUAAAAUGAUUCAAGUUAAUAAAAAAGUGAUAAACGUUUAGUGAUAAUAAGUAUAAAAUUUGAUA